AAUCAAAACCGCAUCCCAGCCUUCAGAACACAACUCACCAAGCUGCAAAAAGCAGAUUUAGUUUCUUUUGCAGAUGGUCUAUGAGUCUCAUGUGGCAUGAUAUUAAAUUAUAUAGGCAGUCAGUGGCUUGUUCUGGAGCGAUGCUCUGAGCCGGGCGUUGUGAUGUGCUUGGACCAUUCUGGUGCAAAACAGGCUGCAAAGCUAAGCCAGCUCCUGGUGAGAGCAGCAGCACAGGGCCCUGCAGGGGCUUCCAGCUCCUCCAGCACUGCACUUCCCCUGGGAUGCACUAUGAGGGUGGCCCAGCGACCCUAUGAUGGGCUGUGGAGCGUUUUGCCCUAAAGUGUCUGAAUUACAGGAAGAAGGAAUAAAUGCCAUUAACUUACCUCUCAGUCCCAUUCCAUUUGAACUAGACCCCGAGGACACUAUGCUAGAGGAAAAUGAAGUCCGAACAAUGGUGGAUCCAAACUCAAGAAAUGAUCCCAAACUGCAAGAACUAAUGAAGGUAUUAAUUGACUGGAUUAAUGAUGUGUUGGUGGGAGAGAGGAUUAUUGUGAAAGACUUGGCUGAAGACCUGUAUGAUGGACAAGUACUGCAGAAAUUAUUUGAGAAGCUUGAAAGUGAGAAGCUGAAUGUUGCAGAAGUUACUCAGUCUGAAAUUGCUCAGAAACAGAAGCUACAGACAGUGCUUGAAAAGAUCAAUGAAACCCUUAAACUCCCUCCAAGAAGCAUUAAGUGGAAUGUUGACUCUGUUCAUGCUAAAAGUCUCGUUGCCAUUCUUCAUCUUCUGGUUGCAUUAUCUCAGUAUUUCCGAGCACCAAUCCGACUCCCUGACCAUGUGUCCAUCCAGGUGGUGGUUGUGCAGAAACGAGAAGGAAUCCUCCAGUCUCGACAAAUCCAAGAGGAAAUAACUGGUAACACUGAGGCAUUAUCAGGAAGGCAUGAAAGAGAUGCAUUCGACACCUUGUUUGACCACGCCCCAGACAAGCUCAAUGUGGUGAAAAAGACUCUCAUCACCUUUGUCAACAAGCAUCUGAAUAAACUGAAUUUAGAGGUGACUGAACUGGAUACACAGUUUGCAGAUGGAGUGUACUUAGUCCUGCUAAUGGGUCUCCUGGAAGGCUAUUUUGUUCCCCUGCACAGCUUUUUCUUGACUCCUGAUAGUUUUGAACAAAAGGUGGUCAAUGUAUCCUUUGCAUUUGAGCUGAUGCAGGAUGGUGGAUUGGAAAAACCAAAGCCAAGACCAGAAGAUAUUGUAAAUUGUGACUUGAAGUCUACACUGAGAGUACUGUACAAUCUGUUUUCCAAAUACAGGAAUGUGGAGUGAAGAAUUGAUUUGAGUCACAAAGGAGUGCUAACAAAGAAAACAUCAUAAUUUGCGUAUCUUCCAUCAGUAUUCCUCUGCAUCUCUAUCCUAAAAGGAACAAAACCAUUUACCUGGGGAAUUCUUGGUUAUUAGUUGAAUAUUCUGACACUACUAUUUUCACAGUAGAUUUAAAACUAAUAUAACUUAUAAAGUAAAAAGGGUUUGGGGGAAGGUGUCUGGGUAUUUUCUGGGAGAAUUCAUGUCUUGGUUGUCUUCACACUGUUUUUGACAGGUGAAGCAACAGUGAAAAGAAAAUUUAGUAAGUUUGAUUCAAAUCAGCCUUUGGGGCCAAUCAUAGGAACAUUCUGUACUGAAAAAAUUAUUUUUUACAUAUAUCUUUUUUUAAUCUGGGAAGGGGAAGAAUAUUUUCUAUCCAUGGUAAGACAGUUCCAGUCUAAUAGUGAGGAAUGUGCAUGGGGGGAAGCAGUUCAAUACACUUGUUCACAUGACAGCUAAGAAGAAGAAGCUUAACCUGCUGAAUGUGUAGUUGCAGUGCUAUUACUGGGCUUUAAUUUUAUGGGUGCAAACUGAAGUGGCUGCUCAUUCCUUCAGACCUGCUAGGAUGUGAUACUCUGCUUCAGUGUGUGCUCUUGAGCACUCCACAGACCACACCUUGCAGCUUGUCACUUGUUUUUGCUCAAGGAAGAGAUCUUUUUGGCCAAAAACACUUUUCAGAAAGACACACCUGUAUACUGCAGCUUUUCUAUAAUAUUUGUAUUAUUAUAUAAUUUCAAAAGUAGAAGAAUGGCUUGGUUUUAUUUUGGCAGUUUCAUCACGGGAUUAGCAGAUUGCAAGUUUAGAUUCAUUGCUAAAUAGAAUUUAGAAUUGUCCCUUUGGUUGAUUUUAUGAUGAAUGCAUGUUCAUCAUAAUGAAGUGCAUAAUGUUCAACACUGCUGCAUAAUGUUCAACACGAGAAAAUAUCAUUCUUUUUCUAGAAAUGGUCAAAACUGCUUCCAUCUGCAAAGAUUCCAUCAGCCUGUAAAGUUCUUUGGUGGUUUUACAUGGCUACAAAGAUUUUUUUUUUUUAUUUAAUUACCACCACUUGAGCUGUUAUCUGUUUGGUUUUAGCUUUAACAAAGACACAGAAGGGAAAUGGGGAUUGAUUCUUCCCCUAGCCUGGUAGCAAGCAGCAGUUAUCCUUCCGGAGGAAGCUGGUGGAUAUUUCUGUGUCACUUCUGAAACAAACCACAAAUUCUUGGGGUCCUGCUUUACACAGUCAGGAAAGAAAUUCCUCAGGCUGCAAUUCCUUGCUAACUCUUCAGGAAUCUUGGGAGAGCUCAGAGCAGGAAGGAGAGUUGUUAACAGCCCUCCAGUGGGAGCAGAGCUGGCUCGGGUCAAGGAGGAGCGAUGGGUCAGGGCUUGAAUCGGCACCAGGAGGAAGGCAGAGCUGGCAGGGACACUCAGUGACAGCUGGGUGUUACUCAUGAGCUAAAGCACUACAUGCUCCCAUUCUGCAGGGCUUCUUUUCUUUUUCUUUCAUGUGCAGCUUUCCAGUACAACAUCAGCCCAGAGGGAACUCCAGCAGUGAUUUUCUGUCUUUGCUAAAUGCCAGCUGAUGUUUAGUAAUAAGGUGAUGCUGACUUCUGCUGCUGGGGGGGCUACUAAAUUAUUUUCCCUUGAAAAAGUUCAUAUUAUUUCUCAGGAAAGUCAAUAUUCAAUCCAAAGGACAAUGCCUGGGUGUUCUCUGAUCUCAGAAAUUAUCUGAUUGUAAGAAGCACUCUAAAUAUCUUCGUUAAAAUAUUUUCUUACCUGUGUGUUUUUAACUGGGUUUAUGAAUUUAGAGGUACAGAAAGCAACAGUUAUUUCCCCUUUACAGGGAGAAAUAGCUGGACAUUUUGACCUCAAUGAAAACAUUUUCAUUAUAGCUUUAGUGUCUGAGAAGCUAAAAAAUAGGAAUGAACCAAACUUUUUUUGUGCAAACUGAGACAGAACUUCUCAUGUAUAUAUCAGCAGCAAUUUCAGCUUAUUUCAAUGUUUAACAUGCAAGUUUUUCAUUUGCACACCUAGCAGUAAUUGUAAUAGCUAAUUAAAAAACAAAUGAUGUUUUUUCUGCAGGCCAUGCUCACCUGCAACACUUUUACAUUUCAACAGUGCUGAAAGAUUUUGACAGCCUUUGUUUUCAGGAGUGCACUUUCUUUAAAGAGGAGAUUUAUAUGGGUAAAGUGAACACUGAAGCCGUUUUCUUUGCCUGGACUUGCAAAUAAGUAUUUCUUGUGCUAUAUUGGUAUAACAUCAUUGAAGAUUUAUCUGUCAGGCUCCAUUUCCAUCCUUUUAAAACAUAAAACUGAGACGGAAUUAUUAAAUCCUCAUGCUGAAAUGCAAUUAUGCAGAGCUGUAGAAGCAUUUAAACAAUAUCCAACCUUUCCACAAUUACCUAUCCUAUGGUAGGAAUUUCUGUAAAUUCAAAUCUGCUAUAUAAACAACAGUGUCCUAUGUAAAUAUAGAUCCAUGUGAUAGUUUUAACACUCACACACAGAUAGUGUAUGCUGCCAUGUAGGAGUGGGUCACUGCCUAUGUUUUUGACAGUGUAGAUUUAAAUAGCUAUCAGAUAACUCCAAAAUCCAGUAUAGAGAUUAUAUCUAAUAUAUAUUGCUUUGAUUCAGAGUAUAAGAGAAAUAUAGAAUACUACUGUAGACAGCUUGCUUUUCAGCAGUUGGUGUGGGCCAGCCCCUUCCUUCAGGGAAGGGAAAAGUUAUCUGGGCCAAAUUCUGCCACACCUACAUUUCUUUUCUUCUUGAUCCACAGCAAUGCGCCCUGACAUAUGCUGAAAGCAGAAUUCUCCUCUCUGUUUAUGUCAAGAUGGAAGUUGUUUAAAUUUUAGUCAAUCCCAGGUUUAUUUAUAAUUACUUAAAAUGAUGAAGUGGGCCCAAGUCAAUUGAUUUAGCUCAUGUGAGGCACGAGCAGGCACCUGGAGAGGCCAGUUCCUCUGGUGGCCCAGAGGAGCCUGUGGUCUCAAGGCUGCUCUCUCAGCCCUGUGGAUCCCAAAGCCAGCUAGGGUAACUCCAAGGCCCUGCCUGAGCAUCUCGUGGUGGUCCUGGGAUCCCACCCACCAGAGCAAUGUGCCUGCCUCUUGUGCUGUGUCACACAGACCCCACAUUUGGGCAGCUGAGCCCACCCAAAUUGGCCAAUUCCUGGCCUGCCUUGAGUAGCAGUCAAGCAGUGAACUCUGCUGCUGCUGGGGCAUUGUGAAACCCCCAGAAGAGCAGUUUUCUGUGGCUUCUGAUUCACCCAUGGCACCCAGCAAUGGAGUGUUGGUAAUCACCAAAAAAAACCCAAACAGUGUUGGUAAUCACUCCAAUAACAGAGUAUCUAGGAGACUUCUGUGCCUGGAGAUGGGCAUCCUUUCCCUCUUGAUGGAUCCUGGUGUGCUCUUUCAAACACACUGAACUUACUCUUUGGGGUUUUUUUAAAAGAGGAGCUACAGACUUUUCAUAGUGUGUCAGUAAGGUGUUGUCAAAAUAAUUACCUAAAAUCCUGAUAGCUUGAGGUCAGCUCCUUUCAGGUUUCUUUCUCAGCUGACUGGCUGUCAUUUGCCAUGGAGAACAAGUCCAUAAUUUUACCCCAGCCACACUCAUGAAGCCCAGAAUUGGAUUGCUCUGUAUUUCUGAUGGAGUCCAGACUAACCAAGUUUCCUCUGAAAUGUGCUGACUGCAGAGUGUGCAGUUCUUUACAUUUCCUAGUCAGGAGCAGCUCCCUGUUUCAGAGGGUGGCAGCCCUUGCAGCUCCAUAGCUCAGGAGCUGGAUGAGGUCCUGAUCCACUGCAGGGAAUGGUGCAGGAAAUCCCAGAGCCUCUUACAGAGCAUUGCAGUGCUGGGGGAUGGGUGCAUUCAAGCAGACCACGAUGAUUGGGGCAUUGGUUGGCUUUUGUUCCUACUUUUUAUUCUAGAAGUACGAUUUUAAAUUCAUGUUCCAGAUUAUUUUAGUAGACACCUUACUGCAAGGCACAGUGUUGUGAAGCAGAAUGGCUUUUAGAAGUUUAUCUCAUUAGAUAAAGAUGUAUGUGAUGUUUAAUAUACUAGAUGCCAGCCUUAGGUCUGUUUUUGUUAUUCUUGUUUUCCUCUCAAAACAACCUUCAUCAAUGGCCAAGCAUCCAAAGAGAAAACAGUGCCUUGAAAACCUCUUGCAAGAUUUUUACACUGUUACCUGAAGUAGACUUUUGUCAUUUUCUUGUAAGAAUUAGUGUGGGCUUUCUCUUCACACUCAAGGUACAAUUACAGACUGAAGAAAUCCUUUGUAAAGUUACAAUUAGCUUGCAUGAAGAUAUUUUAUUUUGGUUUGUCACAUGAAAAAAUUGACAUAGCACCACCAGAAUUUUUUAAUUAGGCAUACCUCAGUAUCCACAGGUUUUUCUAAAGAGGUUUUAAAUCAUUCAGCAUUUACAAGGGCUAAUUUUAUGUAUUCUGAAAAUAUUUUGUGUGACAUUGUUUCUGCAAUAAUGAGAUUUUCUUUUUUAACCAUUUAAUACCAUGCACACUGCAACAGUACUAGAGUCAUUGAAACAUUUGGUCCUCAAUUUCAAUAUCAAACUAACCGAGGAAAAAGAAUAUUUUCAAAAUUUGCUAAACAAGUAUCAAAAAAAUUAUUAGUUAAAGUUAAGCUGCAUUGCCUUCAACAGCAGAGUUAGUAGCUUUCACAGAAUAUAUGUACUCUGUCAGUAAAAGACACACUCGUGCUGAUUUUUAUUUUCUGUGCUUUUCCUGAAACCUUUUGUUAUGAUCCACAAUAAAAUUUGCACCUGAAAAUCAA